AUGGAAGCACAGUUCCUGCAGCCAAGUAAUGACUUUGAAGCAUUUCAAAUACCAUCCACUGAGGAUGAGGUAUAUUUCGGGAAACUACGGGCAGCUUACAAAAGAGCAACUACAGCUUUCACAUGUUUUGAAGAUGAAGAUGGCUGGUCAGUGGUCAUUCGGGAUAUGUUUGACGCGGUCAUAGGCCGACACAGGAAUAGCAUGUUGCGUGUGUCCGAAGUAGUCGAUCAUCACACGACAUCGAAAACGGUCGAUUGGAUCGUGUCAUUCAACUCCGGUUACCCUUCUAUCGUCAAAGCGAAAUCUCUAGAUGGGAGCUUUAAUGAGUCGAUGGUACAGUUGGCAACUUGGGUAUCAGCAGGUCUUGAAAAAACGUCACAGCUUCAAGCACUGACGGAAGAGCUGCCCCAUCAACCGAAGAGAGACAUCCUUUCAGUUCUUGGAAUCAGUAUCGUGGGGCACAUUUGGUACCUAGUUUUUGCCGUGAAAAGCAAAGAUGGUGUGGAGAUAAAGAACUGGGGUGAUGGUGUUUACUGGCCGUGGCUCCGUGAUACCAUUCUGAAGCCGCCCGCUCAGCUCCCCGCCGAUGGAGAACCUUCAGACUAG